AUUUUGAUUUAGGGUGUUCAGUAAAUUCGCUAGCAGGAAACCGCUAUGGGAGAACAUCUAGGCAGACUUACAACAAGCUGGGUACUGUUUGGUCUGGCUUUCUGUCUGGUACUGUCCGGUCUCUUGACCAGCAAAUGGCUGACCGUCACCGCCUACUUCACCAAGGUCGACGUCCACUUCGCUGCCAAAGGUAGCUACAGCAGCGGAUAUGACGCCACUAUAGCUACAGCCAUGUGGGCAACACUGGGAGCGUCCUGUGGCAUGGCUGGGAUGUGUUUCAUCCUGGCCAACAUCAUGAUGUUUGCUGACUGCUGCAGUAGAGUCAGUGAGUGCAUGACAGCGAUACCAAAAAUCUGCGUGUUGCUCGCGACCUUGGGAGGUCUGCUAGCUGAGGUAGGGUGCACUCUGUUCCUGAUCGACCUCUACGUCCUUGACACCAUUCCCGUGAUGAUGAUGAUGACCGUGACCCCAAACAUCAGCUUUUACCUGACCGUGGCAGGCGGGGUCAUCCAGAUGAUUGGCGGAUGUGUGUCAAAGUUCAGCUUCAAGGUCAGGGUCGCUGUUCAUUAAUCACGCAUCACGUGACUAAUUGGCUUACAGUGAUAC